CCUUUUAGAGCGCGCCUGUGCUUUACAGAUCAGCUGACUGGUCACACGUGACUCAUUGCGGAAUCAGCCAUGAAGCUGUUGGCAGGAUUGGUCCGGCUCGAUGUAUUUUUAUACUUUAUAAGUUUAAUAACAGCCGUCCAGGCUUUCUUUGGGGGCGGCACGGAUAAUUACCGCAGAAAGGUGUCCCUGGAGUUGAACCCGGGUCGCAGCGGCUCCUCCAAAGUCAGCGUGCUCCACGUGCGUGCCGUCGGGAGCAACGACACGCUGCACUUCCUGUGGGGCAGCCAGGGGGUGCCCACGCUGCUGUUGGUGCACACGGACAGCCCAGAGACCCGGGUGCAAAUCGACUGGGAGCGCAUGCUGUCUAACAACAUCUCGGGUAGCCUGACGGUGGAGCCAGCGAGCGCUGUGCGCUACUCCACGGCUUUCCUCUUCAGUAAGAUCUGGGAGUACAGGGAUAACAGCACUGAUCAGUCCCAGGCGGCAGCUGACAGCUACUUCCCUCCCUACAGCUUGGAGGAGUUCACCUGGGAGGACCUGAAUCGAACCCUCAACCACUCGGCCCUGACUGCGCAGCUCUGUGGGAGGAACCAGUCACAGCACAGAGGGAGAGUCUGCUUCCAGAUCUCUGCCUUUGAGUCCUGGGGUCGUGACCCUGCCUGGCCCCGCCUCCUCCACAGUGCUAACUCCUCCCAGCUGCGCUUCGUGAUUGAAGGGGUCAUGCCCAGGUCAAACUGCUCCAGGUUCGCUCUAGAGCUGCUCUCGAUCGACAGUCGAGAUCACGAGGCGAGAGAGGAGACCCACCGCUCCAUCGACGAUGAAUAUACUCCCUCCAUAUUCCAGGUGUCACAGCUGGUCUCAGUGCAUGUUAACAGCAGUGCCCCGGUGCUCAGCUAUGCUCAGUGGAAGCCGGUAGCGUACCGCACUGCCUCGCCCGUGUUCGAGGACUCCACACCCUGCCGGCACUCCCCCUCCAGCCCCCCCCUGCCCCCUCCUCGCUUGGGGCUCGCUCUGGCCUUCUUCGGGGGCGCCCUGGAUCAGGGGUACAGAGCCAGCGCUGUCAACAUCAGUUUCGGGAUCCCGGGAGAGCCUUUCUACAAUGCCACAGGCUACCUGAGCUGGUCGUGCCUGCUUGGUCUGGGCUCCCCCCCAGAGGACUCCUUCUCUCCGCUGGUUCUGGGUAUCAUGGUGGUGGGGCUCGGCACGCCCGCGCUGCUGCUGCUGGUGGGAGGGGCCUAUGUGUGUGUGCGGCGACUGGGGAGACAGCAGCCCGGGUACGCACCAAUCAACUGAGACCACACCCCUCCGGAAUACUGAUGUCAUGCCCACAAACCUAUGAGACCACGCCCCCAUUAUGUGCACCAAUAAACUAAGACCUCGCCCAGUGUGGGUGUUGCUGCUACAAUACUCUUAAUUACACUCACCCCCUCUUAACCUCUAAAACCCUUCCAAAGCAUCUCUCUGUAUCAUUCGCCAUGCUAUGCCCCACCCCCACCCAAAUCAAAACGGGGUUAACUGGUAAAAACGGGGUUAACUGACAAGAAAGUCAAACGUUUGGGCCAGUGUCUUUUACGUUGGACUUGGAGUUUAUGAUGAUGAGUGUUAGACGUUUACUACCAGGUUCUGUACCUGGUCUUACUCUUCCAGGGAGAGCUGGUGAAGUCGCAACUCAUUCAAUAGCAACCAGCAUUGUUCUUUUCAUAUGCUGUUCUCCCUCUUUAUUUAGCAUAUCUGAAAAACAUGAAAUAUUGAAAACCGUGGAUUAGCGAAGGGUCUUUGUUCAGGGUAAUGCAGGACUUUUACAAUGUACUGUCAGCAUGGCCGGAUUGUUCUGUGGUAAUAUAGAGGCAGCGCUGCAGUUGGUGUUAAAACCUGUUUCAUAGCGAUCCUCUUGGUCUUUAUAUAUUUUUGUUUGUACAGUUGAUUUCCCUCCGUCUCACUGCAAGGAUGUCAUGCAUGCCAGCCACACGCACACACACUCGCAUCCCCGCUCCAUACACACACACACACUUGCAUCCUCGCUCCAUACACUCACACACACGCAUCCCCGCUCCACACACACAGACUCGUAUCCCCGCUCCACACACACACACACACUUGCAUCCUCGCUCCACACACACACACAGACACGCAUCCUUGCUCCACACACACAGACACGCAUCCUUGCUCCACACACACAGACUCGCAUUCCCGCUCCACACACACACACACACUUGCAUCCUCGCUCCACACACACACAGACACGCAUCCUUGCUCCACACACACACACACACACACAGACUCGCAUCCUCGCUCCACACACACUCGCAUUCCCGCUCCACACACACACUUGCAUCCUCGCUCCACACACACACACACAGACACGCAUCCUUGCUCCACACACACAGACACGCAUCCUUGCUCCACACACACACACACACUUGCAUCCUCGCUCCACACACACACAGACACGCAUCCUUGCUCCACACACACACAGACUCGCAUCCUCGCUCCACACACACUCGCAUCCUCGCUCCACACACACAGACACGCAUCCUCGCUCCACACACACACAGACAUGCAUCCUCGCUCCACACACACAGACUCGCAUCCCCGCUCCACACACACACACACACAGACACGUAUCCCCGCUCCACACACUCACUCACUGUAGUUAAGUCUCUGUUUUCUGUGGCAGUCCUGCUGCUUUGGCACUGAUGGCUGUGAUAGAUUCUCCAGCUCUUCACUGAAACACCUCUCUCCUCUCUCAUAUUUAACUUCAAGAUGUAAAUGAUUGUUUUAACACAGAAAUAUUUUCAAUUAAAAAAAAUAUGAAAACUA